AUGGCGACGGCGUCCCCGGAUUGGGCGGGCCUUCCAACGGAGAUGGUGGCCACGGUGAUGGGGUCGCUGGACAUCCCGGACCUGUUCCGCGCCGGCUGCGUCUGCUCCUCCUGGUACGCCGCCUACUCCGACGUGGCCGUCCGCAUCCCCAUCACCGACACGGCCCCGUGCCUGCUCUACUCGGCCCGCGGCGACGCCGACGCCAGCGCCGCCACGCUCUACAGCGCCACGAGCGGCGCGACGUUCAGGGUCCGCCUGCCAGACCCGCCGCUGCGCAGCCGCGCGCUGGUCGGGUCGGCGCACGGCUGGCUCGCCACGGCCGACGAGGCGUCCUCCGACCUGCACCUCGUGAACCCGCUCUCGGGCGCGCAGGUCGCGCUGCCGCCCGUCGCCACGCUCCACCACGUCGAGAGCUUCCUGGACGGCGCGGCGGGCAGCCUCGUGUACUCCGUGCAGGAGAGCGAGGACGACGGCCCCGGAGAGCCGCCGCCGGUGCCGGUGCUGUACCCGGCGCAGAAGCUGCGGCUGUUUCUAUACUACAAGGUGGUCAUGUCCUGCAGCCCUGCCAAGGGGAGACACUGCGUCGUCCUCCUCCUGCACCGGCCGGACGGCGAGCUCUCCUUCGCCCGCGUCGGUGACGACCGGUGGACCUGGAUAACUGGCCAGACGCUCAGAUCGGUCAGAGGCUACCGUGACGCUAUCUACAACAAGAUCGACGGCCUGUUCUACGUGCUCAGCUUCGAUGGCUCCAUGAUCACGCUGGAUUUGGGUGGCGAUGGCUCUUCUUCUUCUUCUUCUUCUCCGGUGGUGGCCAAGGACAUUAUGCCGCUAGCGAUGCGGUGGGAUGAUCCUAUCAAAGAUCUUAUGCUUACACCGUCAGGUGAUGUCUUGCAAGUGUGGAGGUCGAAAGAGAUCGAGCGGUUCGACACUCCCGUUGAGCUUCCAGCUGGGGUUGCCCAUGAGUUUGAUGAUCCAUACUUGGCAUCUCGCUUAGACUCUUUCAUCCACAAGGUUGACAUUGAUAAACAGCAUCGCGAGUUGCUGACGAGCAUGGGAGACCAUGCUUUGUUUCUUGGUUAUAACUCUGCGGUGUGCCUUUCUACCAAGGAUUUUCCACGGUUGAGUCCAGACUCUGCUUAUGUUGCCAAUGUCUUUGACGAAGAAAUGUGGGGCAAUAAGCACAAUUUGAGGGAGAUUGGCAUAUGGGAUUUCAAGACUGAGACACUACGUGGCCUUGGUGAGGUGCAAUCUCGCAAUCCACAGUAGCUUGAA